UCUCUGCAGUGCACCUAUCGCAGAGCAGACAAAUCCUCUUUCUUCUCAUUAGCUAAUUAAUUAAUCUAUAAACAAACAGAUAAACCCAAUUAAUUACUUGCUUUGCAGUUUUCCAUUUCGGAGGCUUUAACUCAACGUCACUUUCCGCGUAAACCUCUAUUCACUCCCCUUCUUCGUGCUCUUUCACAUUCUCUUUCACUCCUUUUCCCAUUCCAGAAAAAUGCCAGAAACUCAGUUGGGCACACAUACCAUUAGAUCACAUGGAGCUAAAGUGGCAAGAGUACAUAUGAGUGACUGGUUGAUUCUUUUACUCCUUGUGAUCAUAGAUGUCGUCUUGAAUGUGAUAGAGCCAUUUCACCGUUUUGUUGGAGAGGGGAUGUUAACCGACUUGAGAUACCCAUUGCAAGACAAUACUAUACCCUUUUGGGCUGUUCCAAUAAUUGCAAUAUUGUUGCCAAUGGCUAUCAUUGUGGUUUACUAUUUCAUCCGUAAGGAUGUUUAUGACUUCCACCAUGCUAUAUUGGGCCUUCUAUUUUCUAUACUCAUUACUGCGGUGUUAACUGAUGCUAUCAAAGAUGGUGUUGGACGUCCACGUCCGGAUUUCUUCUGGCGUUGUUUCCCUGAUGGAAAAGGGGUGUUUGAUCUAGUAACACGAGAUGUUAGGUGUACUGGAGAUAAGAGUGUUAUUAAGGAAGGGCACAAAAGUUUUCCAAGUGGACAUACCUCUUGGUCCUUUGCUGGUCUUGGUUUUCUGGCAUGGUAUAUUUCUGGAAAAAUUAGGGUAUUUGACCGUAGGGGCCAUGUUGCAAAGCUUUGCAUUGUUUUCUUACCACUUCUAGUGGCAGCUAUGAUUGCUGUUUCUCGUGUUGAUGAUUAUUGGCAUCAUUGGCAAGAUGUUUUUGCUGGAGGGCUCAUAGGUUUGACUAUUGCUUCCUUCUGUUACUUACAAUUCUUUCCACCUCCAUAUGACACAGAUGGUUGGGGACCUCGUGCAUAUUUCCAGAUGUUGGCUGAAUCUCUUGAUGGCCCUCAAACUUCUAUGAACAAUGACGGUCUUCGUGCGCAAUCUGCUGAGCUUCAGACUGUAUCGGUGUAUAUCGCACCCCAACAUGAUGGUGAUACUACAAGAUUUUAGAUGGAUCACAAAUUUAAAGGGAGUAAUUCUUGCAUAUAACCAAUCAAAAGUUAAACAGAGCUUUCAUGUCUUUCUUUUCAUUUUAAUACAUGUUAAGCUUUUGAUUAAUUUUGUUUAUAUAUACUAUAUUCAUCUGAAAUUGUCACAUUGGCUUUGCGUUUAUAGUGCCGUAAAGACAUAGGAAAGAUUACCAAAUGUCCAUAAUAAUGUGUAAAAAAGUAUAGUGGUUUGAGUUUCUUUUGUAGUUAAACGACGCUCUCGCUUUAUUGUUUAAAAUGCACUGUUUUUUGGUGCUUAGCUUA